GCCUGAGUCAUUAUAACGCGCGCCGGUCCAGAUUUCCCACAGUUUGAAUCGUCCAAUAUCUGUCCCAGCCUGCCUUAGGCUGUAACAAAUCAAUCAUCCUUGAUUCUCUAAUCUCUUCUUACAAAACCAAGGACGUAGUCCUUGCAGCGCAACUCGGAGAUGUUCCAAGCACCAUACCCACCGUAUGAUCCAACUGAUAAAUCUGGAUUCUCAUAUGACACAGUAGUGAAGAGGUGGCCCAUCAUCUUGACAACCAUCAUCGAUCAUGUGCAUCGUCUUCUCCAUGACAUCACUAUAGAAGCCCAACAAGCCCGCAAUUCAGAUGUUUCUAAGGCAGAAGAAUUGUCAAAGAAGACAACAGAGGGGCAAGAAAUUAUCUCGGAAAUAAGCCGUUUGAAGUAUCGGAUGGCAAGGGACCACGAACUUGAGAAUAUUCCCCAGGACGGGGACAUUCUAAUCGCUGAAUAUAAUGCAGAACUUGAGAGUCUAAAACAGACGUCCCGGAACACUUGGUUCAAGGCACCAUGGUUGUAUGCGGAAUGCUACUUAUACCGUCUGAUCCGGGCGUAUUUUAACCAGAAGACACACUGGCGCGGAUUUGAUCCAUUUUUUGCUCAAAAGCAGGAAAUGUUUAAGAGCAGCGGGGCAGCUAUCUACCAGAUCGCGACCACUAUGCACGAAUUGGAAAGUGAGAAGGCCAAACUUCAAGGAGAUCCCGAUAAACUUGAAGUGUUAUUCAAGGAGAUGAUUCAGAUAUGCCUUUGGGGCAAUGCAACAGAUCUUUCCCUCUUGACGCACCUCUCGCCGUCGGACAUAGAGCAUUUGCAGACGGUCGGUAAAGAGGCUCAGGAGGCUCGGUCAGGAUUCAUUCUUAAGGACGACCAAGGUGCUGUUUGGAGUUACAUCAAGACUCUGGCCAAUCAAGGAAAGCGUUUAGACUUCGUAUUAGACAACGCUGGUUUUGAGCUGUUUACAGAUUUCGUUUUUGCGGACUUUUUGGUCACUUACACCCCGUACUUCUCUCAAGUUGUAUUUCACCCCAAACUAUUCCCAUGGUUCGUUUCUGAUGUCACUCCUACCGACUUUGCGAAGACUAUUUCGUCUCUACUUUCUGCCGCAUUCUUUCCACCAAACUCCACGAUUAGUCCAGAUUCUGCUGCCCACUUACAACAGAUGGUCACUCGAUGGAAAAAUUACAUAGACAAGGGCAUUUUCGCUCUCGCCACAGACAUUAGCGAUGGACAGAAGAUGACGGAGUUUUGGAAUGGCCCGUGGCCUUACUGGAACAUGAACGAACUUGCACCGGAGUUGGGGCAGUGGCUGAGUGGUUCUGGGUUGGUUAUUUUCAAGGGGGAUCUCAAUUACCGCAAACUUGCAGGUGAUGUUAAGUGGCCUGUAUCCACUCCAUUCCCAACCGCGAUCGGCCCACUAGCCGGAUCAUUCCCGCUUCUCAGCCUUCGUACGAAUAAGGCUGAUGUGGCGGUGGGAAUAGAUGAGGAAGUAGCUGAGAAUCUUGAUAACAAAGGCGAAAAGUGGAGAGUAAGCGGGAAGUAUGCCUUGGUUAGCUUUUUGCCAGGAAGAAUUAAUCAGUAGAUCGGCACAAGUUUUGUCGUCAGAACCAUCGUAUCCAUAGGCUGGAAGUACGGUACUAGAGUUAUACUUAGAUUACUUGCAAACGGGCACAGAUACUCACUACGCCUGCUGUUACUGGACCUCUGUGUAUUCCAAACUACCCAUGGAGUCAAGCAUGCGCUAGGUCCUUAUGCAUCCACGCUCACAAAAUCGGGUGCUGUCAUACCAAGAUUCACGCGCUCUUACUAGCGCUCCUUCUGCAAGUCUUGGUUCAAUAACCAAUGUUGUCUUCUUCAAAGUCGUCAAACAACUAAUUUUCCUGAUGUCACCAACACUAACUAUACCGCAUCAUUCGAAUAUUCAAUGACAAUAACAAUAUUCAAUUUCUCCCCAUACACACGCACCAUCAUUAGUCCCAAAGAUUGAUAUAUACGCCAUGCUGGU